AUGCCAGGAUCAGAAAACGAAGACUACGUGUUUGUCGACGAACGUGCACUCUGCGAUCCCCCAUCCCCCGAGCUGGUCGCCGAGCUGAGAGCCUGGCUGAAACCCACCGAUUACCUAGGAGACUCUUCGGAUUUCAAAAAGCAUCUCAAUUCCCAUGUCCCAGGCACUGGGGAGUGGCUGCCCCAGACUUCACAGUACCAACAGUGGCACGAUGGAACUGCGGGCACGCUCUGGCUGAAGGCCAUCGCUGGCGCUGGCAAGAGUGUCCUGGCAGCCAGACUUAUUUCGCAGCUACAAACCACCGAAAGCAAAACGCCUGUUCUUUUCUUUUUCUUCCGUCAGAUUGUUGCUCUGAAUCACGAUGUCCACCCACUUGCUCGAGACUGGUUGGCUCAGCUGGUUGAGUUUUCCUCGUAUUCAAGGUCCAUACUAAAGGCGUGGAUUGAACAGGAACGCACCAUAAAGGACGUGGCAUAUUCAGAGCUUUGGAAGCUGCUACUGGAUAGCUUUAAGCUUCUUCCCAAGGUUUACUGUGUUGUGGACGCACUGGAUGAGCUGGACUCCGAAAAGACGAACGACUUUCUGCUUCGCCUCGUGGACUUGGGCCAGACACGCCCAGACGCAGUCAAGGUGCUCAUGACCAGUCGACCACUACCGCAGAUUCAGAAGGUCUUGAAUCUGCCGUCUGUCCUUCAGGCCAGACUCGAGGAUCGGCAGACAAAUAAGGACAUUUCGCUGUUCAUCCAGCACCGGCUGCACGAAAUACACCAUGUCAGCGAGGCUGCAAAAGACACUAUCAGAAGAACAGUGGAAGAUCGCGUUCAUCCUUCGUUCCUCUACGCCCGUCUGGUCCUGAAUGAUCUUUUAGACGACCAUAAGAGAAAUUCGGUGGACACAGCAUCGGCCGAAGAUGCUCUCCUCACACUCCCUUCGAGUAUGGAAGAUAUGUAUUCGCAGAUGUUACACGACCACUCCCAGGUCGCCGAAGUGCCACAGGAGAGACAGAUGCUGAUCCUACAACUUGCGACACAUGCAUCACGCCCCCUGCGGUUGCUCGAGAUUGCCACGGUCUUGGACUUUUUGGACAUGGUUGACGAUGGCAACAAGCACGGCGACACCAAGAACUUGACGCGGAUGUCCUGCGGCCCCCUGCUUGAGAUCCUGGAGGAUGAGACGGUGUCAAUCAUUCAUAACUCUUUCACCGAGUUCUUGACCGACGGGGGUCGAAAGCAGGAUACUGGCGCAUUUCCCGUGAUCGACUCAACGACGACGCAUGAGCUUCUGGCACUGGUCUGCAUGCGGUAUUUACUGUCAGGACCACUGUCUUCAUGGGAGAUUAGAAAGUCACUCAGAUCACCUGGCGAGGCCACUGAGCCAUUCCUGCAGAAUUCGCUCCAACUACAGCAUCCUUUCCUUGCUUAUGCGCUCGCGAACUGGGAUCACCACCUGAAGUAUCUCAAGGAACUCAAUGAGCCGUUGGUGGACGUAAUCAAAACCUUAACAGGUUCCGGAUACCAUACUUUCGCAUCAUGGAUCGACAUGGUUAUUCGGCCGACAUUCUCCGUGGACCUAAUGUCCCCCCUGCAUGUCGCUGCAUGGGCCGGACUCACGAGCAUGGCAAAGCUGCUGGUCGAAACAGGUUCCAGCCAGCUACUUUCCACACUCGACGGCAAUAAUAAUACGCCGUUAAUGCUAGCUGCGCAGCGAGGACACGCCGGGAUGGUAGGCUUCCUGCUGGAUUGUGGUGCACUGCCAGAUCAGCCCGACAAGCGCGGCCUGAGCGCCUUGCACUUUGCCGCGAAGUCAAACCAUCACGCUGUCGUUCGGCUGUUCCUGGCAGCUGGAGUUAGCCCAUUGACCAAGAAGGCUUGGGAAGACCCGGGGAGGAGAUGUGGUAACGCCGUCAGCACGGUCGGGGACACCCCUUUGAAAUAUGCCUCCCAGUCGGGGUUCGUCGAGUCCGUUCGUGAAAUGAUACCAUAUCUGGAUGCGGAGAGUUGCGUCAUGGCGCUUCAACUUGCAGUCAGGUUCCGACAUGCAGCCCUUGUCAAGCUCCUUAUCGAGCCUGCGGGUAUCGAUGUAAAGUCCCCGCUGGCGGGCAACCUUCUGCUGAGGGCCGGCAGCAACAGAGACGUGGAUACUAUGAAAUUUCUGAUUAGCAAGGGCGUGGACCCUUUUUAUCGUAGGGAACGCCGCGGCCUCGAUCUAUGGAUCCACCGUGAGGACAAAGACCUGCCAGAUGAGGACUCACUGCUCCUUGCCAUGUGUGCUCCUCUUUAUGAUAAAGAAGUCUUCCAAAGAAGCUCUGCGGAACUUCCCCUCGAGGCAGCUCUGAGUUUGGCCCUUGAAGCAGGAUGCGACGUCAACGGUACAGGACGGUAUGGCGUGGCACCAUUGCAUUACUGUGUUCAGACCACCGUUUGUAUCGUACAGAAGCUCUUGGAUCAUGGCGCGGAUGUUCAUGCGAGGGACAGCGAUGGAGAUACGCCCUUGCAUUCAUUCAUACCAUCCUCUAAAAGCCUCCCGAUACUGGAUCUUCUGUUGCGCCACGGAGCUAGGUGGGAUGCUGUUAAAAACCACAAGGGACAGACACCGCUCCAUGUCUGUCUGAGAUGUUGGCGAGUUGAUGAUGACUUGGGUAUCAUAGAGCCAUUCGUGGAAGACUGGAACAUCCAAGAUGCGGAUGGGGAUACACCGCUUCACAUAUUCGCCAGAAGAACGGCGUAUCUCGAAUCCAAUGCCCGCCUUCUUCAGCAGCUCAUAUCCUUCGGGGCGGAUCUGGACCGGAGGAAUAAUGCCGGUAAGGUACCUCUACAUGAAGUAGGUUCUUCGAACCUAGAUCUAUACGGUCCUGUAUUUGCUGCCGCUGGGGCAAACCUCGAAGCACGAGACAACCAAGGCAGAACCUGGCUCUUACAUCUAAUCGGGCGCCGCUCGGACAGCUGGCCAAAAGUUGUGAAAUUAGGCGUCGAUAUACACGCGGUUGACUACGACGGGAACAAUGCCCUCCAUCUUACCCUCGCCGAUGACAAUGCAGAAAAGAAUGUCGAACACUUGCUGGAGGCCGGGGUUGACCCUUUGCAUAUCAACAAUGGCCGAGACACCUUGUACCACACGUUUAUGAGAUCAUACUUCGAAUAUGGGUGCAGGAACUUUGGUGCCCUCUGUCAGCUGCGAGCUACAAAUAUCCCUGUUCUUGCGAGAAAUAGACAAGGCGAGACUCUGCUUCAUUGUGCCUUCAGUAGAUCCCCGGAAUGGUACGUGACCCCCAACCUGCUGGAUUCGACGCGCAACCCAUUGUGUCUGUUCGAAGAAUUGGACAUCGCCUCGAUGAUAUCCAUGAGGGAUAACGAAGGGCGACUGCCAAUCCAUGCGGCAGCUGCCAGUUGCGAGGACUAUGUCGGGUGGUUGAUUGAUAGAGGCGCAGAGGUCUCCGUUCAAACAUAUAAAAAGCAAAACCUACUCCAUGUGGCUGCUGCUGCCAAACAAAGCAACGUAAUCGGCCUUGUACUAGAGGCCUACGGGGACGCCAAAGGCUGCACAGCUGUCAAUGAACAAGAUGACGAUGGACGCACACCGCUGCAUUAUGCUUGCCAGUCCGGUCGCCCGGAGAGUGUCAGACUCCUGCUGGAUGCUGGCGCCGACCCAAAUCUUCGUGAUAUGAGCUAUUGGACACCACUCCAUAUGUGUGCGCACUUUCACAGGAAGCCUAAUAGGAGCAGGCCUGGGCCCGAAAAAUAUGUCAAAUCGGACGACGACACACUCAGGGUCAAGGACAUUGUUCAUCUUCUCUGCCGACAUGGAGCCGACAUUACGAGCUUCAAUUUGAUGACGAUGAACCCCAUCCAGUACGCUAUACAUACAGGCAACGGUCUGAUGGCAGUUGCUCUUUCAGAUGAGAUCGAUAAUGGACCGGCCGAGCAGAAAUCCAAGUGCGAACGAUAUACUGCUCAUUUCCUGUGGCGACAAUUGGUUUGUACUCAUCAGAACGCCAGCUUUAUUGUGGACCAAGUGACACAGGACGAGUCCUCUGACAUUAUAGACAUCUGUCAGGAGGCCCUCGCAGCUGGCGCCUUUGGUUUUCUCAAUGAAUUGGCCAAUCGGGGCGUCCAACCACGGCGCAAGAUGGGUGAUAGGAGCGAGGACUUCUUGCACACUCUGGCCCGUUGGGGCUUCACUGAACAGUUUGAGAAGUUUGGAUCCAAACGACUAGAAGAUGGCUGGAUCAACGGCUCCUUGUCAUCCCCCAAUAGCGACUACCCCGGUGUUCGCCCAUUUAUUCUGACAGUGGCGCAAAGCAGUCUACCCAACAUGGCUCUCCUCUCCCUAGUCGUGGAGACUUUCCAAGCCGAUGUUAAUAUAAAAAAUCCUAAGCAUGACCGGCUUAGUAUUGACAGCUGCGCAUUGCAUAUUCUCGCUCAAGGCACGCAUUGGUGGCAGACUGGUGCUAUCAAAUACCUCCUCGACCACGGGGCAGAUGCAAAUAUCACCGAUGCCUUUGGACGAAACGCUCUUCAUGUAGCGGUAGAAGGCGGGUAUCAGCGCAUGCACAUCGUCAAGCUGCUAUUGGAAAAUGGCGCUGAUCCGAACGCACUGAGCGAGGAUGGGACGACACCACUAGGUUUGGUUAAGCGCGAUAGGGGGAUGGCCAACCUGCUCAUCGACUAUGGCGGCGAUAUCAUGGCUGGCAAGGUGUCAUUGUUCUCGAGUUGCAUCCAGAAGUUGGAUACUGACAUGCUGGAAGCUAUUUUGACCACCGGCACAGACUGCAACCAUCAAGUCCACAAGAUCCGUCGCCCAUACUCCUACGAGUCGAUGGGGAGUAUGGCUGUGCUUUGUGUGUCUCUUGGCACCAGCGAUUGCUACGCCCUUCAGCUCGCUGGGCUUCGGGAAGGAAAGUCUGAUAUAGAGCGAGGAAAGGUCGCCGCUACUGUGCAACUACUGCUUGACCAUGGAGCCGAUCCCUUUGCUCCUGUGAAUGGGGAUACGACUAUCUUGCACGACCUGUUCUCGCAAAGGGCUAUGGUAGACACAUUCCUUGCCCAACCCAACAUAGAGAUUGACCAGCGAGAUGCCCGUGGUAGGACUCUCCUCCUGGCAGCUUGUCAUGAGCCCGACAAAGGGUAUAAUCGGGAUAUACAAUCAGUGUUGAAGCUUAUUCGGAAGCUUUCGGACAUGGGGGCUGAUAUAACCGCUGCAACGAAUGAGGGUAACACAGUGGUGCAUCUGCUACUGCGUACCAGCGGGCUUAGGGAACAAGAUGAUGGAGUCGCUGUGAUGCGCCAGCUGCUUCAGAAGUGUCCGUCUCUUGCCCACUGUAAAAAUGUUGCUGGGUACAGCCCGGUUCACAUAGCAGCCAAGGGGCGCCUCUUCGGCUUCGUUCGACAGCUAAAAGCCGCAGGUGCGGAUAAACGAGCCCCCGAUCCUGAAGGAAACACCAUUUUGCAUCACUUGGUUCCCAAUAUGCCUGAUUUUGGAGAGGAUCUCCUCCAUGAGUAUCUCACCCUAGGUUUCGAUAUCAACGCGAGAAAUAAUGAUGGUCUCACCCCUAUUUGGAAACACUGCGUCGAUGGCGCUAGGUUCCCAUUUGUAGUGUUGAGUACCCAGCACAUGGAGACCCUCCGUACUGCGAGGGCAGACUUGGUUAGCAGAAAUGAAGACGGCGAAAGCCUUCUUCACUUGGUUGCCAGGAUGAAGACCGACUGGUAUGGCCAUCGGAGAGCCGAAAAUCCGGCGAAAAGUCCAGAUACUGCCUUGUUCAAAUACCUAUUGGAAUUGGGGCUCGACCCGCUUUUGGAAGACAAUAAACAAAGAACGCCGAUGGACGUUGCUGCGGCGUAUGGAAAGCAUGGUAUUUUGGAGCUGUUUCGGAAGAAAUGA